UCACACCUUUCUCCAGCCAUCAGACGCGCUAGGAACAAUGUUCGUCUCCAGUGCCAGCCGUCGCUAAUUGCCCGCGCAGUUCACACAUUCCGACGUCACCUUUGAUCACAAGGAGAUGAGGGCGGAUAUAAAACCGGGGAUCAGACGGUUGUGGUCAGUCAGAUUCUGGGAAUAGACUAGAGGAGUAAUAUGUCAGCCGUCCACGGAAAACUGAGGGUAGGAGACGUAACUCAAUUCCCGAUGUACCCCGACGGACACAUGGAGAGGAAUAGCAUGCCGCAUUCAGAUUAUAGUGCUGCGGAUAGGGCAAACUACUUCAACUCCGCAAACGCCACCGGACAGAGAGCGGACAGCAUGACCCAUCGAAGGAAGAGAACCAACUUCACCCAGCAGCAGAUUGGGGUGCUGGAGAAAGUAUUCUCCGACACCAAAUACCCUGACAUAUACCUUCGCGAGAGACUUGAGGCUCUCACCGGCCUACCAGAGUCCAGAAUUCAGGUGUGGUUCCAGAACCGACGCGCAAAGUCCCGUCGCCUGGAAGGGUCGUCCAUGUCUAUGAAGCUCAAUGGUGUUGCCGCCCCCGUGACCCCGUUCGCGCAACUCCAUCACCGAAUGCACAACUUCAGACCAUCACUCCACACCCGGACGGAAGAAACGCACGCCAAGACCACACUACCCACGAAAACUGGUAACUACGAACACUCAAUUAUGCCGUAUGUUUACGAUGCAUCCAUAAAUGGGAAUAGAAGAAAAAUUGAGCAAAUCGAACGAGAUGAGUUGAGCGUUGCGGUUCCGUGCAACAACGUUCAUCCGUAUCACAAGGGAAAUGGACUUUACAUCAAGUCCCAGAGCAACAUAAGCGGUAGUGCAGGUACAAAACAUGUUCUGGUUGAAUAUGACAACUUUCCCCCAAACAAGACCAUAGGUCCCGAGAUGAAAGUUGUUAUCCCUCCUAUUCCUUCACAGAACAACUUAGGCAGGUCCUCUCCAAAUCAUAUCGCGUGCCAAGUACAGCAUCCUCAGGUUAAGACAAGACCUGAUAACUUUGGCCACUUCUCUCCCAUUCGUGCCAGCAAGGCUCAAGAGUUUUCUGAUUCGGAUUCAGAGUGGGAAAAUGGCGCCAUGUCUGGCUUUGGUGACUUCAUGUGAAAUUGACUGAUGGGUUCAUCACUUCAAAAUGAACAGAUGUAAGUUUGUUAUAAAGAUACUUAUUUAUUGUAUAUUAUUUUGAUUGUCUUCGUUUUCAAACAGGCUACCAAAUAAAAUAUUAUAUUUAAUCUACCCCUGCUGUGUAAUUUUUCCCCUCACUGAUCCGUAUCAAUUGUCACAAAAUCAUGUUUUCUUGGCUAUGUGUUUAAUAUAAAAUGAGAGCAAGGAAUAUUUACAAAUUCCCAUAUACAGAUUUACAAAACAAAAAAAGGUGAACUGGAGAAAUUCUGGAAACAAACAUUUAUCACCUUAGUAUUGUUUGAAUUUAGGUUACAUGUCGGUCUGAUGCUUCAACAAUGCCCCAUUCGAGGCUGCCAAUCAAUUUGCGUCAACUGCAUCAAAAACCAGAAUUAUCAUUUUACAAAAAUACAAAAAUUUCUUCAGUGCACACAAUUACAAAAGCCAUCUCCGAGUAUGUUACAGAAAUGUUAACGAUAAAUCAGAGUACUCAAAGGUAUUGUACAAAUAUCUACA